UCAGCUCCUUUAAAUUCCGCGUGUGAGCCGUCACGCUCUACUUGCUGUCACCUAAUCGCUGCUCCACUUCCACCUCCACCUCAACCUUGGUAGCACAGACUCUUACAAAUAUCUUUUCCGGCUCGUUUCGCCUCAUCUCGUCUCGUCUUGGCUGAAUCGGUCUGGAAAGCUGCUCUUCUUCAUUCUUCGCAGAGUGUGUUAUUCUCGUUUCUGAGUUGAGAUGAGCAGCAGUCCGGCGCCGUUUUCGGAUAUUGGCAAGAAAGCCAAAGACCUCUUGAACAAAGAUUAUACUUUUGACCACAAGUUUACCUUGUCAUUGCCAACAACUACAGGACUGGGACUUACAGCUACUGGUUUGAAGAAGGACCAAUUUUUCACUGGUGACAUUAAUAGUGUGUACAAGGGCGAAAAUACUAUUGUGGAUGUAAAAGUUGAUACAUAUUCUAAUGUAUCAACAAAAGUGACUCUGAUUGGUAUCUUGCCAUCUACCAAAGCAGCAUUUAGCUUCAAAAUACCAGAUCACAAGUCUGGCAAGUUGGACGUGCAGUACCUUCAUCCUCAUGCUGCCAUUGAUUCUAGUAUUGGCCUGAAUCCAACUCCUCUUUUGGAGCUAUCUGCAGGAAUUGGAAGCAAAGAACUGGUUGUGGGUGGUGAAGUUAGUUUUGAUACUGGUUCUGCUACAUUCACCAAGUACAAUGCCGGGAUUGGCUUGAACAAGCCUGAUUUUUCUGCUUCACUUAUACUGGCGGAUAAAGGAAAGUCACUUAAAGCAUCUUAUGUGCAUGCUGUGAAUCCAUUCACUUCAGUUGCUGCUGAAAUGACUCAUAGGUUUUCUACCUAUGAAAACAGUUUCACCAUUGGAAGUGCUCAUGUUGUAGAUCCGUUGACAAUUUUAAAAACGAGAUUGUCUGAUGGUGGAAAGGUUGCACUGCUAUGCCAGCGAGAAUGGCGACCUAAGUCACUGGUAACUGUUUCAGCGGAAUAUGACUCAAAGACCAUUAAUGCUGCCCCUAAGUUGGGUCUUGCUCUUGCUCUUAAGCCUUGACUUGGAACGAACUUUGCCCCAUUCUACAACUUAAAUUAAUUCAAUACUUUGAACUUGUUACAUAUUUGUUCUUUCAUUUUCAAAUACCCAAGGAGGGUUAUGCUUUACAGAUUUCAUACUUGAAAACUGAAAGAUCUAGCGAUGCCUUGAUGGAACAUUCUUGAGCAUGGGUAGGGAAACUGAACCCAGUUUUGGAAAAUUUGAUAAAAAUAACAGCAGUACAUUUUUGUUGCUA